UGAUACCUGUAAACCUACGUGAUACAAUAAUUGAUCACAAUUUACCUAAUUGAUAAUUUGAUCAUAUCACUUCUGUUUCUUUUGUGUGUUUGAGUAGUGAAGCGUGGAUUGCAUUAUAUAUGGCUCGUUAUACAAUCAUAGUCAUCAGUAUAGUGAUCACAACCAUAGUGAAUAUGACUGUUAAAAGAAGUUUUUUUCUAGUAACCUUGUAUUUUUGGAAUAGCCACGCCUUGAACUGUCGCUCUGAUGGCGGUCCAAAUGAAAGUGAAUUAAAAACAAUAUACCUAACCUGCUUAAAGGAACAAGAAAACAGAAAUUCAAGUAGUUCACGAAGAUACCACAAUGAUCAAGACUGGACUGAUCCUCGUGGCUAUAACAAUAGGGAUCAAUGGGAUAGAGAUGAUAGAGGGCGAGGUGAUCGUGAUAGAAUAAGAAAUGAUAAGUUCGGUGGUAGGAGAAAUGAUAGAAAGGAUGCUAGAGAUGAUAGGAUAAGUAGUAGAAACGAUAGGACGUAUAGAAGAGAUAUGAUGGGUGACAGAAGUGAUGAGAUGGGAGGUAGGAAUCGUGAUAUGAUAGGACGAGAUGAUGAUGGAAUUGGUAGAUAUCAUGUAACAGGGAGAGACGAUUUUCCAAAUAGUGAUGAGUAUUUGGGUGAUAUGUCUCGGCACCAUAAUUAUUACUCAUCCACGCAAUCUUCGAGACGGUUCAGACGUGAUAGAAAUAAGGAGAUGAAUUCAGGACACCGUAGUCAAUACAAUCCGAACACACAAAGACCGAUGGAGUACGAUAGCCGCCACAGGAAUGAGGACCGAAACUCCAGUAGAAAUGAAGAGAGUAAAGCUUGCGCCUUGCAUUGUUUUUUGGAACAACUUGAAAUGACAGGCGACGAUGGUAUGCCUGACAAAUAUUUGGUGACACAAGUAUUAACUAAAGACAUCAAAAACGAAGACCUCCGAGAUUUUCUUCAAGAAUCCAUUGAUGAAUGUUUCCAAAUUUUAGAGAAUGAGAACUCUGAAGAAAAAUGUGACUUCUCGAAAAAUCUUCUAAUGUGCUUAUCGGAAAAAGGUCGAGCAAACUGUGAUGACUGGAAAGAUGAUAUUCAGUUUUAA